AGUAGUUCCAAAUUCUGCUCAGCUCUCUCUCUCUCUCAAUGGACUUCUCUCCCACCUCUCGCCGGAGUCGCAGAGGCCCAAACAAGUCCGACCUCUACGCCACAGACGACGACGACGAAAAACCACAGCGACAACACUCGGACCCAAAAUCGCUACGACAACGCAAGGAGGAAGUGGAAGAAGACAUAUACGCAACAAUGCUACGCAAAGACGACGACGACGACGACGAAGACGACGACGCAUCUCUUCCUCCACUCCUCAAACGCGUCCCCAAAGACUUCGGUGUCGCCGUCGACUACGACGACGAAGACGAGUACAGCGGAAGCAUCUCCGGGACAAUGAUCGUCAAGACCGAUCGGAAUCGCAACCAGUCGUAUUCUUCUUCGGCGCGGAAGCCCCAUGGUUCGAAUUACCUGGAUCGGAAUCGAGCGAGUCCGAGGAAGAGGGUUGAGGAGGAGGAGGAGAAUUUUUCGACUUUCGUGGUGAGAUCGACGGUGAGGGACAGAGACGGAGAUGGGGAGUCGAUUUCGGGGACCUUCGUGAGGCGGACUAGUGGUGGUGGUGGAGGUAUGGAUGGUUCGACGAUGAGUAAGGCGGUGGCGAGUAUGCAGGCUGUGGGGGAAUUAGGGUUACGGAAGCAGAGGAAGGGGAGUGGUGCUUCGUCUUCGCACGAGGAAGGUCGGCUUCAGCAACUGGCGAGCAAACUGUCUUCGAGUUCAAUUCCAGACAGUGUUACGAGGGAAGAUCCUUCUACUAAAUACGAAUUGCUCCACGAGCUUGGGAAAGGUUCUUAUGGGGCUGUUUACAAAGCUAGAGAUUUGAAAACUUCAGAGUUGGUUGCUAUCAAAGUCAUAUCAUUAAGUGAAGGGGAGGAGGGGUAUGAAGAAAUUCGUGGCGAAAUUGAGAUGCUGCAGCAAUGUAAUCAUCCAAAUGUUGUUCGAUACCUGGGAAGCUACCAGGGAGAAGAGUACCUUUGGAUAGUAAUGGAAUACUGUGGGGGUGGAAGUGUUGCUGACUUGAUGAACAUCACAGAUGAGGCUUUAGAGGAGUGUCAAAUAGCAUAUAUAUGUAGGGAAGCAUUGAAGGGUCUAUCUUAUUUGCACUCAAUUUUCAAGGUACAUAGAGAUAUUAAGGGUGGUAAUAUUUUAUUGACUGAACAAGGAGAGGUGAAAUUAGGUGAUUUUGGGGUUGCAGCACAGCUGACAAGGACCAUGUCCAAGCGUAACACGUUCAUUGGCACUCCCCAUUGGAUGGCUCCGGAAGUUAUCCAGGAAAAUCGCUACGAUGGAAAGGUGGAUGUUUGGGCUCUUGGAGUAUCUGCAAUUGAGAUGGCUGAGGGACUUCCUCCAAGAUCAACAGUGCAUCCAAUGAGGGUAUUGUUCAUGAUAUCCAUUGAACCAGCUCCAAUGCUUGAGGAUAAAGAGAAAUGGUCUCUCGUGUUCCAUGACUUUGUUGCAAAGUGCCUUACAAAAGAACCACGUCUGCGUCCUACUGCAGCUGAGAUGCUAAAGCACAAAUUCAUUGAAAAAUGCAAAACUGGAGCUUCGGCAAUGUUACCCAAGAUUGACAAAGCAAGGCAGAUUAGAGCCUCGAUGGCUUUGGAAGAACAAAGUACUUCUCUAGGGACCUCAAUGCCAGGAGAUGGUUCAAUAGGAGGUCCCAAAGUGAAUGAAGAUUAUGGAGAUACUGUUCCAUCAAGGCUUCAUAACAUUGGACUUCAAGGUAACAAUGGUGUACCCACUGUGAGCAGUUUGGAAAAGCAGCACAUAUCUGAAGGUGUAGAACUGGCUGCAGAAGGUAACUUUGGGACUGUAAUUGUUCGUGGUGGAGUUGACAUAGAUAAGACUGCUACCCAGACACCACUUCCCAAUGCCAAAGAAUCCUCACAUGCUUCGGGGAAUGUUAAAAGUCCUUUUCUCAGUGGUGCAGGGGAUAAAUCACUUGACAGCAGAGUGGGCAAUGCAGUGGGUGUUGCUGCUGAUAGCUUCCAGGCUGGUGGAUUGCAAUCAUUUUCUCCUUCAAUAUUAGCCUCUAAUGAGCAGAACUCCAAGGCAAAUAGCAUUUCUCAGGCACAGAUAGGAGGUGGUGGCGGGGCGAUCAAUAGCACAGUGAAAAAUGAAACUGUCAGUCGGAAAGCAUUAGAUAAGCUUUGGUCAAUAUACGCAGCUGGUAAUACGGUACCCAUUCCAUUCUUGAGGGCAACUGACAUAUCACCUAUCGCACUUUUGUCUGAUAAUGUGCUUGGAGGCUGGCAUCAGGACGAUGGUCGAACCAUAGCUGUGGAAGCACUGCAGGAGCUUUUUACUGGUGAUGGACAGUCUAAAAAGGGUCGAAGGGGACAGAAUGAGGUUCCACCUCUCUCUCUCACACACACGCGCGCAUGCGCCGUAUUUAGCUGGGCUUCAUUUAUUGGAUUUUUAUGUGCUGCAGGUGCCCCUUCCUCCAAGUGUGUGCCAGAGACUGACUUCAAGUUCUACACUAAUGAAUCUAGUCCAGGCUUUAGCUUACCACAAAACGUGUUACGAAGAGAUGCCACUCCAGGAGCUGCAAGCAACGCAAGAGCAACAAACCAUUCAGAAUCUCUGUGAUACACUUCGAACUAUUCUACGAUUGUAGCUAGGGAAAAAUGUAUAUCUUUUUUCUUUAUACAUUUUUCCCCUUUUCAUCUGUUUGUAAUUUUUUUUUUUUUUUUUUUUUUUUUGGUGUUAUUAUUUAGUUUGUUUGCAUCAACACAAGUUUUUCCAUGUAUAUAAGUACAUCAGCAUGUGACAAGGAAAUAAAUGGCUAUUUCAUAUUGCUCUUGCUA